UUAAAAAAUGAAUUUGAAUUUUGGAAGCAAAAAUGGUCUAAUGAAGAAAAUGAUUUACCAAAAAAUGCAUUAGACACAUUAUCAAAAUGCCCCGAAGAUUUAUUCCCACAUAUAAAUAUUUUAUUAAAACUUCUUGCUAUUUUGCCUGUAUCAACGGCAUCGGUUGAAAGAAGUUUUUCUUCUUUAAAAAGAAUCAAGACCUAUUUAAGAAACUCUACCGGUGAGGCAAGAUUAAACGGAUUAGCUCUUAUGAAUAUCCACAGAGACAUACAAAUUGAUACAGAUGCUAUUUUAAAUAUGUUUGCGUCUAAAAAGGAAAGGCGUUUAGAUUUUAAAUUGUGA